UUCAACGUAGCGCAUUUUCACUGACCACAGCGUGGUGAAGAAACGUGCACUCAGAGGAGGGUGAAAACGUGCAUGUCAUGAUUCAGUCUAAGAGUACAAGCUAUGGACUUACUUAGCCUUUUCACCAGAUGAGGGAUAAGCUGUAUGGCUUCUCUUGUCUCAGUACGACAUCUUAAUAAAGAAAUGGCAGAAAAUCAACAGCUUUCGCCGUUGGAGAAGAAGGUUGCCGAACAAAUCGAGUACUAUUUUGGGGACCACAAUCUCGUCCGAGACAAGUUCCUGAAGGAACAGAUUCAAUUAGAUGAUGGAUGGGUAACACUGGAGACGAUGCUGAAAUUUAACAGGUUGAAGACUUUAACAAAAGAGGAGGCAGUCAUUGUGGAAGCUCUGAGAAAAUCUAAAUCGGGUCUGUUGGAGGUCAGCGAAGACAAAACCAAAAUUCGCCGAUGCCCCAGCAAACCCCUCCCUGAGAUGAACGACGAGUAUAAAGAUAUCCUCAAGCACAAGUCUGUCUACAUUAAAGGGUUUCCUUUGGAGACCGGCCUGGAUGAUAUCAAGGAAUGGUUAGGUGGCAAAGGAACAAUCGAGAACAUCCACAUGAGAAAAGGACCCUUGAAGACUUUCAAAGGCUCCAUCUUCAUUGCCAUGGACACAGAGGAAUCCGCCAAGCAAUUUGUUGCCCGCGACGAUGUCAAGAAGUUCAAAGAUAACGACAUGAUUGUUCUCAUGAAAGAUGACUACUUCACCAAGAAACAGGAGGACCGGAAACACGGGCGAGCAGAAGCCAAGGCCAAAGCUAAGGGUGACAAGGAAGAGAAACAGAAACAAGCAGAAGAGGAGGAGAUGAAAUCCCUGGAGGAGCAGAAAGGCUGCCUGCUGCGCUUCAAGGGGGACCUGGGCGGGACUUCUCGGGAAGACUUUCAUGAGCUGUUCGCCGGCCAUGCCGAGAUCAAGUGGAUUGACUUCACCAGAGGCGCUAAAGAGGGCACCAUUCUGUUCAGGUCCAAUGCCAAGGAUGGCCUGGAGAAAGCGAAGGCAGCGAAAGGGGGGAAGCUUCAGGUGAAGGGGAGCGAUGUGGCGUGGGAGGUCCUGGACGGCGACGUGGAGAUGGAGACGCUGAAGAAGAUCAUCGAAGAUCAGCAGGAGACUCUAAACAAACGCAGAGGCAGAGGCGGCCACAGGGGCGGUGGUGGUGGUAGAGGCAGAGGAGGACGAGGAGGGCGCAGUCGGGACAGAGGAGGAAGAGACCAUCACACCCAGGGCAGGAAGACCAAGUUCAACAGCGAUGACGAGGGCGAUGGUGACCGCAAAGAGCACACCAGCCCAAAGAAGAGAGCACUUGAGGCCAACGGGAAGAGCACUGAAGAACCAGCAGCCAAGACUGUCAGAAGUGAAAAUGGCUCCUAAACCUGGUCGCUCUUCCAACUACUUUUUUUACUCUACAGUAGACACUUACUUACAGGCAUAAACAGAGAGGGACAUCCUCUCACUAUUCCAAGGAGGGCUAUCAGUGCUGCCUUACCCAGUCUACGCCCUCACUUAAAGGACAUCAGCAUAAACCCCACCACCGGCCUUUGCCCAAAUUCCUCCUCAUCUAAAACAUGUGACUUCACGCAUGCAGACAUUUUCACAGGCCAGAAAGUCUUGAUUAGCCAGGGUACUUGAGACAGAGAGCCGUCGUCUGAGUCUUGUUCCUUUAAUGAAAAUGGCACGUCUCGACAUAUGUUUAUAAAGACGUCUUAAUGUCUGUCCCUUUGUUUUACUAGAUACGGCACAGUGAGGAAAGGGGACUGUGUGUUUCUUAUGGCUGGAGGACCGCAUUCACUGACAUAAAUUUUGAUCAACUCCUAGUCCUGUACCCCAGACCAUUUUCAGACCCACAAUACUGCAUUGGAACCCAUUUCUGUACUCUCAAAGCUAAUCAAUGGGUUCCGCCUACAUCAUACUGUCAGCCAGAUAUUUGUGGCAGGAAUUCUGUUUAAGCUAAGACUGAUUUGACCCCUGAUUGUAGGAUUAUGGGUUAUCUGAUAUCUUUGGCAUAUUGUCAUCUCAAAUUUUGACCAUUCUGGCAAUGAAGCCCACUUAGCCAGGCCCUGUAGGUCUUGUGUGUAUGAAUUGUGUGUUUCUCCAGUAAAGAGCUUUUAUGUACUUCGAGCACAUGCCUAUUAGAUGCCAUGUUCCUGCUGUCCAGGUUCAUGUCCUAUACUGCCAUAAGCAGGAAGGCGAGCCAGUUCAGUCUGUUAGUUUUUUUUUGUGAAUGGUCAAGGUUGAGAUGCAGCAGAGUAAACCGAUGCCAGAUUGGCAAACGGCCGAGGAGCGGCCUAACAGAAUGGCCUCUCGGUUCUCCCAUCUUCCUUCUGUUUUUUUUUUUUGCUGGUGGUCCUGUUACCGUUCCCCCCCCAACAACCUCGCCAUAAUCUUCGGUUAUCAACUUCAUGUUCAAAAAAGAGCAAGUGCCAUUUUUUUAUGUUUUCUUUCUCUAUAUUGUCACUCCUUUAUUUUCAAGGAAUAAUUCCCAUGUAAGGCGCUCAUCUUUUGGUUUGUGUUUUGGACAGCAGUUAUUUUUAUCCUGUGUUUUUUCCCUUGUGUGGUUGUGUUUAGCUGAGUGCUGCAUCUUUUGAAUUUCAAUAAAAGUGACAUAUCCCCACCUUUGGGAGUGCUCGUCAUUCUCACGAA